AUGAAGUAUCUUUCUUCCGUUCUGGCUGCGGCCGGCAUGGUUGGCUUGUCCAACGCAAAGCCAAAGCUCGAUCCUCGCCAGGCUGAUCCGUCUACCUGUGCCUGCACGCCUGCUGGGACUGGGGGUGUUACCCACAUCUCUACGUACACAUACACAUCGACCGCCACCAUCACGCAAACGGAGACACAAACCGAGACUGCCAUUUACAGCUCUGGGACUCUGAUCUCUCCAACUCAGUCCAAUGGUGGAAGUCCACCAGGCUACGGGGGUGGCAGCAGUGUGACCGGCGCUGCUUCGAGCACUGGUACUGCGUUCACUCUUCCUGGUCAAUCUGGAUCCUACAGCUACUCUGUCGUUACCAUUACCGUCACUCAGCCCGGUGGUUCUCCCUCUUUGUCGACCUCAUCGACUCUUGUUCCUGCAACACCGACCGAGGUCAGCCAAACUGGAAGCAACAGCCCUCCUGCAUACAGCCCUUCUGUGGUUACGAUCACCAUCACGAAUGGUAAUGGAGAGACGACUGUCAUCUCUUCAAAUACAGAAGUGCCAAUCAAGUCGACUGGCGUCCCGUACUACCCCAUUCCCGGCAACAACUCGGCGCCCAUUGGCACGGGUACCGGCACGGGCAUCCCCUAUCCUCUGCCAUCGAGCUCGUCUGAGGUCAGCCCGACCACUACGGGCCCAGCUCCACCGCCAUAUGGAGGAUCGAGCGGUGCAUCCUCUAUCGUGCCUGUAGGAACAUCGACCGGUGUCCCUUACCCGAUCUCCUCGCCCAGCGGUGGCUCGCCGCCUUACCCAACCGGUUCGGCGCCCGGUUACAGCUCGAGCGGGACUGAAGUGUCACCUGGCUCAACUGCCAGCCUACCAUCCAGCCCACCGCCUGGCUACAGCGUCACCGACAUUACGACAAUCUACACAACGACUUGCCCGGCGAGCAGCGUCAUUACCUCGGGCAGCACAACUUUGACCACUACGUACAGCUACUCGACUGUGUCGACGGUCACCUCAACAAUCCAGUCGACCGUGACUGUGUCGACCCCAGGCGCGACUAGCGUUGGUCCGACUGGGUCGACCCCGCCAGGUACUGCUCCGCCAUACGGAACAUCCUCUGCGUUCAACAGCACCGCGGUCGGACCAACUGGCACAAGCCUCACCAGCCCAACAAUCAUUACAUACUCGACGUCGACAAUCUACUCGACUACCGAGCUUACGAUCACUUCUUGUGCUGAGACUGUGACUGACUGCCCAGCCAGCAGCACGAUCGUCACUACAUCUUCCGUCGCUAUCGGCACCACUCUCUGCACUCUGACGCAAACAGCUGGUGUUCCACCAUCAUCCUCUGCUUCUGCUCCAAUUGGCACCGGCGUGCCAGUUCCACCUGCUGGUUCGACGUCCGUUCCCCCAUACCCUUACUCGAGCUUGAGCAGCACGGCAGUUGGACCUACCGGUACGGGUCCCGCACCGCCACCUUACUCUAUCCCCGGCACUGGAGUAUCUUCGAGCACUGUGGUCGGCCCCACGGGUACAUCCUCGGUCCCAACCUACCCUAUCUCGUUGCCAAGUUCGACCCCAUCGACGUCAAGCACUGAAGCUGGACCGACAGGAUCAUCUUCUGUGUCGAUCCCGGCCUAUCCGAGCUCUUCUUCGAGCUCGACUGAAGGCUCGCCAACGGGUUCUGGCCCUGCACCACCGCCAUACUCCAUCCCAUCAUCCACAGGACCAAACAGCACUGCGGUCGGUCCUACCGGCGGCACUCGUCCUCCAUUCUCUUACUCCCCUUCGUCGGGAACUGCCCCUAUCGGCACUGCACCAACUAGCUCGUACCCGAUCGGUACCGCACCGCCGUACUCGUACAGCCCUUCAUCUAGCUCAAGCAGCACUGAAGGGUCGCCAACUCAGAGCUCCUCCAGCGGCGUUUCGCCCCCAGGGUAUAGCUCGCCGUCGUCUUCAAGCACUGAGGCAUCGCCAACGCAGAGCACAUCGACUGGUGUCUCGCCUCCAGGAUAUGGUUCUCCUUCGUCUUCCAGCACUGAAGGCUCGCCAACUCAGAGCAGCCCGACAGCGCCUGGCUAUGGUUCACCUUCGUCUUCCAGCACUGAGGGCUCGCCAACCGAGACUGCUCCAACCGCUCCUGGCUAUGGCUCGCCAUCCUCGUCUAGCACCGAGGGAUCACCAACCGAGACUGCGCCAACAGCGCCUGGCUACGGAUCUCCAUCAUCAAGCACUGAAGGUUCGCCGACUACAACAGCGCCAACUGCACCUGGCUACGGCUCGCCUUCCUCCUCAAGCACUGAAGGAUCACCAACCGAGAGCAGCCCCAGUGCGCCUGGAUAUGGUUCGCCAUCAUCAAGCAGCACGGAGGGAUCGCCCGUCGAGAGUACAUCAUCGACCAGCGCACCAGCUCCUACAGGAUACGGCUACCCAAGCUCGAGCAGCUCGACCGAGGGAAGUCCCAUAACCGACACGACGUCGACGUCUGCCACUGCUCCAGGCUACGGCGCACCAACCAGCAGCUCUGAGGCAGCCCCAACAGCCCCAGGCUAUGGCCAGACCUCUGUUAGCAGCACCGUGAUCUCGCCCACAGCCUCCUCGACCGCAUCCAUUCCCGGAUACGGCUCUCCAUCCAGCAGCGGAACCGAGAUUUCUCCUGCUCAGACAACCGCCCCCACGGCUCCAGGCUACGUGUCCCAACCUCCAGCCCCAUCCUGCACCCUCGCCCCGUCCUACGGCUCCGCCCUUUCAGAAGUCAGCGCAAACCUCCCGAGCGGCUCCCUCAACAAAGUCAUCCCCAAGGACUCCGUCAACUCCGUCGUCGGCGGCCUCAUGGGUGAACUCAACGGCAAGCUCGGAGGCAGCGCUCAACUGAACGGCGCCUUGCCCACCGCCCUCCCAUCCUCCUACACCGACGCCAACGGCGAGACGAAGCCCCUCGACUACGAAGGCGGCAUGACCCUCGGCAACAUCGUCGACUGGUGCGCCUACCUCGCCGUCAAGUCGUACGGCGACGCAGGCGCAGUCGUCAAGGGUAGCGCGAGCGGGAGUGCGAGCGGCAACCUAGACGGAAGUGUCUCCUUCGGCAUCAGCAUGGGCGGUGGUAUGUCCGGCAACUUCGGCGUUGGCAAACGCGCCCAUGCUCGUGCCCUCCGCGUUUAA